UUUUUUGAUGAAAAUUUUAUUUUUUAAAUAAUUUAUUUGAUAACAACAAAAGAAACAAACAAAUGCCGUCCACAUCUUUUUUAUUCGAUUAAAGAAAAAAUUUUUGAUGUUCUUUUUCAUUUAUGACGAUAACGAAUUCCUUUUGUACAUCUUCAUCAUCAUCACCAUCAUCAUCAAUGUCCUCAUCAACUGCAUCAUAUGAUUCUUCAUCAUCAAAUUUGAUAUUUCAAAGUCCAACAUCACCAUCAUCAUCUACAACAUUGAAUUCAUCAUCGUCAACAUCAUCAACAACAAAUUUGGAUACAUCAUCAUUAUCAUCGUAUCAGAAUCGUAAUCAAAAUGCUCUUCAACGACGUGCACAACAAUUACGACGAUGGCGUGAAAUUGAAGAGCUUGAACAACAGAAACAGGAACAGAAUCGUAAACAACGGACACCGACCAAAGUUUGUUUUUCACCAACAACAUUAUUUUUGUCCGCUUGUGCACAACGUGAUGUUGAUGAAUGUGAACGUUUAUUAAUGAUCAAAGAAUUAAGAGAUGCCGGUGGUGUUAAUGUUAUCAAUUGCGAUGGUUUAACUGCCUUACAUCAGGCUUGUAUCGACGAUAAUGAACAAAUGGUAAGAUGGUUGUUAAGUAAAUCGGCCAACAUUAAUUGCAAGGAUAAUGAAGGCUGGACACCAUUACAUGCCAGUGCCAAUUGUGGCAAUCUUAACAUUGUCAAAAUAUUGAUUUCAAAUCCUGCAUGUGAUCUAUUCGCAUUGAAUUGCGAUAAUGAACUAGCCUGCGAUGUAUGUGAAACAAAAGAAUGUGAAGAUCUGAUUCGUCAUCAGAUGAAUCUUGCAUUGAAUUAUGAUCAAAAAACACGACCAUCAUCGAUUACGAAUCGUCGAACAAGAUUCACUGUUUCAACGAGAAGUGUUUCUGGCGAUGAAAAUCAUGAUACGAAUUAUGAUGAUGAUGAUGAUGAAAAUGAAGAACUGUAUAAGGAUCUUCGUCAACAAGAAUUAAAGACAAUCGAUCGUGAUAUUGAUAUUUGGAUCGAAGCAAAAAGGAUCAAUUCAUCAUCAUUUGAUAUACGAGCAGAACUGGAACGUACAAGAGAUCCAUUAUCAGGUGCAACAAUCUUACAUGUUUGUGCAGCCAAAGGUUAUCAAGAUUCCUUGGAGAAAUUCUUGAAUAUAUUCGCCACCAGUGUUGAUCUCGAUUCAUUUCGCGAUUGUGAUGGCUAUACAGCCUUGCAUGCAGCUGCAUUUUGGCGCCAGCCUGAAACAUUUGAAAUAUUGUUAAAAUUUGGCGCAAAUCCUGAUCUAAUGACUGAAAAAACCAGUGAUAAUAUUAUGUCUAGUUCUGUUUUAGAACUAUGUAAAAAUGAUCCAAAAUUUGUCGAAUUAAUUGAAGUAACCAAAGAAAAAGAAAAGAUUGCCAAAGAAUCGGAGACACAAAGAAAAAUAUUCGCUAAACGUCAACGUGAACAAAGACGUUCGACGCAAGGCGUCAACCGUGAAGACCUCGAACAGGCAUUGAAAAUGAUGGAAAUGGCUAAAAAUGUGUCAUCUCCCGAAUCAACAGACAGUAAACGUCAAGCUGAUGGCGAUGAAAAAGCGACAAAUAUCACCAAUGGAAAUAGUAGCAAAAAUGUUGCUGAUAAUAUGACUAAUAAUGAGAAUGAUAAUUCAUGUUCGACAACAGCAAUCGUUUCCCUUAGUAGUCUACGACGAUCAUCGAAUGUUAAUGAGGAUGAAUCAUCCGAACCAACAUCGUUGACAAUCAAAUUACCGAAACAACAGCAAUUAACCAAAACGAAUUCCGGUCAAUCGAUUAAUAAUGGUGAAACAUCAACAACAUCAUCAAUGACCACGACUGGGGCAGAAACACCACCUAUAACAAUGAAAAUUCAGAUGACAACACCAGCUGAAUUUGCUAAACGUAGAAGGAUAAAACGACGUUCAACAGGUAUUGAAGAUGAUAGUGGUCAUGCAUUAUCACCCGACAUACUAGCCGAUGCAACUAAUCCAUUAACGAUUUCCAACAACAUCAACAACAACACUGAUAAUACUACUGUAAAAACAGGUGAAAUAACGCCCUCACAAAUUGAUGCAGCAUUCGACAUUACAUUGAGUACACCAUUAAAUACAUCCAGUCGUUCAUCACGAAUCAUUAAUCGUCCAGUAUCGAAUGCUUCAUCAUUAUCAUCAUUGAAUUCAGCACGUAGCCGUGAAUCAUCUUUGGCUGAUGAUAAUUUAUCAACAGCAUCAUCGAUAAAUUCAUUAGCAUCAUCCUAUGAUAAUAAUAAUUCAUUAUCAACAAAUAAUUAUUCUAGGUCAAAUUUUAAUAAUAAUGAUAACAAUAAUAAUACAAGCAAUGAUGCAAGCAAUAAUCUAAAAGAUUUAUCCAAUUUAUUAUCAUCGGAUGAGAUUGAUUAUAAAAAAUUAUGUAAACAAUUAUUACGUGAAAAUGAAUCAUUACGACGACGUAUCAAAGAAUUAGAAGAAUCUGAAAAGAAACGUGAACAGGAUUUUAGUCGUGAAAAACGUUCAUUACAACGUAACAUUUCUGAAAUGGAAGAAGAAUUAAAAGUAAUGAAUGAUAUUAAAGCGGAUAAUAUGCGUUUAAAGGAUGAAAAUGCUGCAUUAAUUCGAGUCAUUUCAAAAUUAUCAAAAAAUUAAAAAUUUUAAUCAAAAACUAAUGGAAUGAGUGUGUAAACAUCCGGUCAAUCUUCUUUUUUUAUUUUUAAAAAAUGAUAACA